UAUAUAAAACAAAAGAAAUGCAACCCUAGCUUCAUUAAACGAAACACAGUAACGGCGCUCUCGAUCUCCCUUUUCUCUCCUUCGUCUCCUCCGUGUAAAGAAGCUCUCCGACAACGCCGUUCUUCCCUCUCUGGCUUUUUCUCUCUCCGCCAGUUACCAUUUCUCUAGAAAAUCAAAAACAUGGUACCAGAGAGGCCGUGAAAGCUAGAUAGUCAGAUCGCUCAUGUCACUGUUUGACCUCUCUUUUUUGGGGAUUUUCGUUUCUCUGCAGCUCCGCAAUCAGGUCUUGUGUUGAAGCAUUCUAUUGACGUUUGAUAGGUGCAAGCAUUUGAAAUUGAAUUAAAAGGGGUCGUUAGUCUCGAAGACUGGAGGGGGGCUUCAGUGAUUCCCAGAUCUGGAAACUUAUUCUCUUUUGAAUUCUGGUCGCUUAGGGUUUCUUCUUUUAGUGUAAAAUAGAAGAUAAGAGAGAGAGAGAGAGAGAGAGAGAGAGAGAGAUUUUUAAUGAAUAGAUUUUUUAAUAUUCUUCUUUCUAGUCCCUCUUAGUCAUGUCAAUAGAUAAGUCAUGGAUUGGAAAACCACGAAACACGCACGAGUAUAAAGAUGGUUUAAACAAGUUUUUGGAUUUUGCUUUUGAGCAUCGAUCUCUCAGGGGUUGUCAGAUUAAAUGCCCUUGUCCGGUGUGUGGUUUUGGCAAGUGGCAAACAAGAGAGAAAGUUUUUGAACAUUUAAUAGUCAAGCCAUUUCCAGAAAACUACAAAGUUUGGUAUUGGCAUGGUGAAGAAGCAGUUGGAGUUGGGUCACAAGCUCAUCAAACUAGUCAAAUUGUACAAGAUGAUUCGACAUCUCAACAUCCAAUGGUAAUAAUGCUCAAUGACGCGUUUGGAGUUGCUGGACCUGACUUGAUUGAAGAUGGAGAUGGAGAUGAAGACAACAUAGAAGAUGGAGAUGGAGAUGAAGACAACAUAGAAGAUGCAGAAAAUGAAGAGCACAAUGGAGAAAAUGUAGAAUUUUACAAGUUGUUGGAAGAUGGUAGUGAACAAUUGUAUGAAGGGUGCACAAAGUAUUCAAAACUGUCUUUCUUGAUUAGUCUGUAUCACAUAAAGUGCUUAUACAAAAUAAGCGACAAAGCCAUGACCGAAAUUCUCAAGUUAAUAAAAGAUGCUUUUGGAAAUGCGAAGAUUUCAAAUACAUUCUAUGAGGCCAAGAAAAUCAUAAACAAACUAGGGCUUAAUUAUACCAAGAUACCUGCUUGCCCUAAUGACUGCAUGUUAUAUUGGGGGGAGGAUGAAGAUUUGCAAGAAUGCAAAAGAUGCAAGACAUCUAAAUGGAGCGAUGCUAAAAAGAAGAAAUCGGCAAAGAUCUUGCGAUACUUUCCACUAAAACCGAGACUUCAACGAUUAUUCAUGUGUUCUAAGACUGCUCAAUCAAUGCGAUGGCAUGCUUUGGCAGAAAAGAAAGAUUCGAAGAUGAGGCAUCCGCGGGAUUCUGAAGCUUGGAAGACAUUCGAUUUACUUCAUGAUAGGUUUGCCGAAGAUCCUCGAAAUGUACGUCUUGGUCUUGCAGCUGAUGGAUUCAAUCCCUUUGGAGCUAUGCGUACAAACUAUAGCGUUUGGCCAGUGGUGCUUAUUCCAUACAAUUGACCUCCAUGGGAGUGCAUGAAGCCAACAUCACUAAUCUUGUCAAUGAUUAUUCCCGGAGAGAAAAUGCCAGGGAACAACAUAGACAUAUACUUACAACCUCUUAUCAAAGAGUUAAAAGAGUUGUGGCAUGAUGGUGUUCAAACAUUAGAUAGGUUCAAGAAUGAAAUGUUUACAUUGCGAGCAGCAUUAAUGUGGACAAUUAGUGAUUUUCCAGGCCUUGGUAACUUAUCUGGGUGGAACGUACACAGUAAAUAUGCUUGUCCCACAUGUAAUUUCAACACUGAUUCAUAUAGAUUAAAGCAUGGUGGAAAAUUGUGUUUUUUGAGGCAUCGCCGUUUCUUAGAAAGGGGUCAUAAGUUUAGGCUAAGUCGUGCAAAAUUUAAUGGAAAUAUCGAGUUGAGGGAUCCCCCAGCAGUACUAACAGGGUCAGAAAUAUUGGAACAACUUGAAGGCAUCAAUGUUUCAUUUGGGAAGGAACUACAGGCAAGUAAAGGUAAGAGGACUCGACGAAAAGUUGUUGAAGAAGAUGAUGAAUCGGGGAUAUGGAGGAAGAAAAGCAUAUUUUUUGAUCUUCCUUAUUGGAAGUCUAACUUAUUGCGCCACAAUCUAGAUGUCAUGCACAUUGAAAAGAAUGUUUGCGACAAUGUGUUAUACACUUUGCUCAAUGAGACUGGAAGGUCAAAGGAUAAUCUCAAAGCUCGUAAGGAUCUCAAAGAAAUGGAUAUAAGGAAAGAUUUAUGGCCAGAUGAAAAUGGGAGAUAUCAUCCUCUUUGUUCACAAUGUCAAAUUCCAUGAAAGAUGUAUUCUUACGUACUAUAAAGAAUAUUAGAGUACCAGAUGGUCUCUCGAGUAAUAUUUUACGGUGUGUUGACCUGAAGCAAAGAAAGCUUUCUGGAUUGAAGAGCCAUGAUUGCCACGUCCUUAUGCAGCAACUAUUAUCCAUUGCCAUACGUAAUGUGCUACCAGAUAAAGUUAUUGCAGUGCUAAUAGAGUUGUCUUCAUUCUUUCAACAGUUGUG